GGGAGCGUAUUACCUUGGGAUAUGGAUACUUUGUGGAGUUAUCGGGAAUGGAAAUGGAAGUGAAAUGGAAAUGAUACCAUUAUUUUCUGCACAUAGUAAGCAGCAAAGUUUCAUAAAAGCAAGUUAAGCUCACGGUCUAUUUAUAUUAUUUAUCAUGGCCUCUCAAAUGCUUCUUAGGUGCAAAAUCGCUAGUCAAGAUCAUAUCAGAGCUUGUGCAUUGGUGCCUCUAUGAAACUGUGAAUAGUUUACUGAUAAUGAAUACAGAGACUCAGUGAUGAAUCAAGAUUGUGUGGUACCAACGAUUUCUACUUGUCUGAAUUUUGCACAACACAAACUACAAAUGGAUUUAGUCAAUAUCCAGGAGUUGAACAUUCACUACCACAGUUGCUAAAUUCUAUUGACCUUCAGGAACGAUAGAUGUUGAUUUUACAUUUUACAGGACUUGGCAUAUUCUGGUACAGUGAUCUCAAAAACAAUACGAUCGGGUUUCCGCCCGACUCGAUGUCGUUCUUAUAAGUACGGCCAUGUUUGUUCCUUCUUCUUUCAGUUUUAUGACUCUUUCUAUCUAUUACCACCACAUCAUCUGAAUGAGAAUAUCUCUUUUAAAGAUCGAACCACUUUAUGAAUCACCUGAAUCACGGUGAAUCUCAAAAAUCAAAAUGGACCAAUGGCUCCGACCUGUCUUUACAAGGACAAGAACACCAGUUCAAUCCACCCCAAAUGAUCGUUCCGAAGAUCCUCAUGAAGCUGAAGAAACCAUGAAAUCAAUCCGCCCCGCUUCACGCGUAUCCUCUUAUAUGGGAUUUCGCUCUUCCAGUACGGCAAAUCUACAUACUUCUGAUACCUUUACAUUUCAACAUGUCAAUAUUCCCGAAAAUGUAUAUCAUAAACCGUCUGGAAGUCAGAUGGCGGAGACAUUAAAAGUGGUUAUGAUGACGAGGAAUUUAAUGGAGCCAGUGCCUGUGGAAUAUAAUACGUGUAUCGUACAUGUUUUGGAGGCGUAUAAUGAUUUGGAAGAGGAGUUGGCGAGGAAGGAUGGUGAAAUUGAUGAUAUUAAGGCGAGGCAUACGAAGGAUAUUAGGGAGUUUGAUGUCAUGGCUGAACAGUAUGUUUAUGUUCGAUAGAGUUAGUAGUGAAUGUUGGGUAAGAAGUACUGAUUUUUGUGAUAAUUGUAGAUGGAAGGCGAAAGAAAAAGAUUAUCAAAAGGAAAUGAAGAAUCUGGAAAUUCUUCUCUCGAAAACGGAGGGGGGAAUGGAAAAUGUUACGAUGGCGCGUUCGAAAAGUGUUAUUCAUGGAGCUAGAAGAGCGGCGGACUUUUUUGAGGAUGGGAUGGAGAAGAUAAAACAGAAUUUCGCGCGUUAUAGUUCUGGAAGAUGUUGGUUUUUAUCUUUAAAACAGAUUUUGUAAUGUCCAACUGACAUAUAUAGGCUCUUUGAAUACAACAACUGAAUGGGAAAUAGAUCCCACACAGCAAAGUACCUCGCCACCUGCUCCCGAAACUCCUAGAAGUCCAGGUCGCGCCUCUAGACAGGAAGAAGAUACACAACAGGAAAGAAUAGUAGGAUCGCGACGUAGAGAACAUUCUUCAGUUCAAGACACGGAAAGUUUCUACUCAGCAGUAGACAGCCAACCAGGAUCUCGCUUAACAUCAUUACAACUCGAUGCGUUGGAGCGACAACAUGCUACUGAAGAACUCGGUGUAGCAUUCGACUCUUCAUCCGAAUCAGACGAUACUAGUUCCCGCUCAGCUAUUACAGAAGGUCAAGGUCUUACUCCGAAUGGUACACCAAAACACCCAGAUAUUAAAGAGAAACCACUCCCAGAUAUUCCAGCCAGUGAUCCAGAGAUUGAUCCUUCCUUUUCAAGUGAGACAGAUCACGCACAACCAUGGGUUAACCUACAAGAUGAUGAACAUGCAUCCUCUUCUAUCGACUCCAGAAAAGGAUUUUCAUUUAAAGCAGGUGAUGAUUUACCAUCCCUGUUACACGAAAGCUCAAAAGAUAUCCUGCGGAAAAGUAAUACGGUGUCAGUUCAAGCGAGUCGUCUUUCGUAUGUUAUGAAUAAUGAAGAUGAAUUUGUGGCAAAGCCGAGAUUGGCAGAUUCAAAAUUUGAGCUUAAACCGGAAUCGCGAAUUAUGGAGGUGAAGAGUAGUGCGAAUUUGAAUGUGAAUACGAUGCUAAGUGGUUCUUCUGAGAAAGAAAAGGAAAUAGAGAGGGGAAGUGAAAAGGGGUUAAGACAGCAGUUGGGGAUGGGGAUGGGAUUGGGAAGGGGCAUUGAGAGAACUUAUUCGAGUAGUAGUAUUGUUACGGCUGUGAGGGAUAAUUCCGGGAGGAGUGAGGGGGGUAGGUUAGGGAGGGGGAAGGGGAGUGGGAAUGGGAAUGGGAAUGGAGGUGGAGGUGGAGGACGACAGAAAAAUGGGCAAGCAACGGCGGUUAUGGCUGUGAGUACUUUUCUCUUUGAUAGUGGUGGUGAUGGUAGGUAGAUGGUAAGAUUUUGAGAGAAGAGUGAAAAGAGUGAAGUUACUCUUAUACAUGAGAUUUCGUUCAUCCUAUCCUGCAUUCGAGGUUCUGGAUGGAUUGGGGGAGGGGGUGGUUGUUUGGGAUGAUGGAUUGGGGUUAAGAAAUAGAUAAUGAAUGCUGAUGAUAAUGGUGAAUAGGCAGUGAGAGCGAUAGCGGCAAGUAAUAAAUCGGCAACGGCUAAUGAUAAGAUUCAAGCUCAUGGAAAUGAAUUUGAUAGGAGAGAGGGGUUACCCUUUAGUCCCGAGCGCAGUCCAACGGGAAGUCAAGCGGGUGGGGGUAGAAGUAGGGAGUGAAGAGUGAAGAGUGCAUUGAAGAAGAGGUAUGGGGAUGAUUGAUGAAGCUGUACGGAGUAGAAAUGGGUUGUGAGAUGGAAUGGUAUGAUAUGGGAGAAAGGCUGAAAAGGGGGUAUAGGAUGAAAGACCAUAGCAUGGAAAAGUAUAGGAUGAAUAGUACAUCUUCUAAUAGGUAUAGAAGGCGAAUAUACGGAAACAGAGGGCUAUUCAAGGUUACUGACUAUACCCACAAGGAUAAAAACUUAACUGUGAACU